CAGUUUUUCAUUUCGCCUAGACAUUAUGGAAACCGUAAAAAAUCAAGAGCCAAGAAUAUCUUCAAAAAAUGCUCGAUCAAGGUUUUCUUUGUACCUGUCAUCAAUGCUGUUGUAUGGGGUGUGCAUUGUUUACAGGCAGCAAGUCAUCAUUACAAUUGAUAACAUGAUGAAUUUGUUUCAUUUGACUAUAACAUGCAAUGGGACACACAGACAUCUGGAAGUUUCGGGUGAUGGUGAAGAAAAUGAUGCUGAUGGUCCAAAAAGAGGCCGUAAGAGGAAGAAACAGCAUCAGUUACAACCAGUUGAUGAAAAAUUUUUAGCAGAACUAACUGUUCCACUCAAAGCACCACCACAGGGAAUUGCCAUCUCUCCAAGAUUUUCCCCUAAUUCGCAUCCACCAACUGUUGCCAUGCCACCAGAUGUUAUGCAGACUCUAAAGGUUCCACAGAUGAUACUUGAUGACCAGGGUACAGAUGCACCUGUGGAACAGAUCUGUGAGCAGCUGACAAAAAUUUUUGCUGCUGAGGAGCUGCUUGUGAGUGAUUCUCAGAAGACUGAACAGCCUCUGAUUGAAGAUAAGCAUGUAGAGGAUCAGGCUGCUGCACCUGUGCAUACUACUGAAACUCUGGCUGUUCAUGUAGCUGUGACUGAGUCAGUGGCUUCAGCUGUACCCACCGAACCAGCUGAAAGUGUUAAUGGUGUCCCUCAGGUGGAUAAAGAUGUGACUGCUGCUCCAGCUUUGCUAGAGCGAGCAAGUUCUGAUGUGAAACCACCUUCACCUCCAAAAAUCCUUGAAUCUGUUGAAAAUAAAGAAGUUAAAAUACAUUCCAUCGAUGCAGAUGCUGGCUUUUCUCAUCAGACAGCCAUAAAUUUACCGGAUGCUGGAGAACCAGUCACUGAUCAUGCUGAAGCAAAAGGAAUACCAUUGAUGACAGACAAUGACAAAACAAAAACUGAGCCAUCUGCAGCCAGAGCCAGCCGACGACGCACUUCUCCAGAGCAACUACAAGAAAUUCCACUAAAAAGAAAACGGAGGAUAAAUAACUUGCUAGAGGAUGAAGAGGUGGAAAUAUCUAAGCACCUUUUGAGGAUACAAAUUGGAAAAGAUGAUAGUGAACUACGAGCUACGGAUAUAGAGAAAGAAAUUAAAUCUUACAUUAGCCAAAAAAAUACUAAAUUUUUAAUUGAAAAUCCUUGUUGCCUGGAUCUCCCAGAGAUCUGUCAGAUUAUAAUUACAAAAACAUUUCAAAUGGGUGGUGGACAGCUCCAUGAACAGCAGCGAAAGUCUAAUUUGGAAGAAAGUGUUGAGAUUCAGCGAGGGCAACGAACACCUACACCUCCUCAGUCACCUCUGCAGUCACUCAGAGGAGAAGGUUCUUCUUUGUUGCGUAAUGAUGUCUCUGAUAUCACACCAAGGCUGCAACCAAUAAUUGAGACACAUUUUGAAGAACUGGAAGUUCCAACAAAAGUAGACAGUGUUAUCAAUGUAGCACCUCUCACAGAAAUACCUGAGAUUGAUAUUUCUGAUGCUAGUGUAGGCAAAGAAAAGAGGGAUAGCAAUCUAGAAAAAGCGGUUCCAGAAAUAGCACAACAAAGAGAAGCAGAACAUGGGGAUGUAGAAAUGAUGCAGCUUCCAGUAGUUGAAUCUUCUGUGACAAAUGUGGUUAGUACAGAAAUAAUAGAAUCAGCUGUGUGUGAUUCAGAGUCAGACAAGGUGGAGGUGCCAACAGAUGCUGAGAAAAUUAGUAAGCCAUUGAAAGAAACCAUGAAUGUAUGGAGAAGGCUUAAAGUCUUGCAGAGGUCAAUAAACAGAGCUGUUACAGUUUACGAUCUUUGUCCACAACACUCAACAACAAAAUUCAGAGCUGCAUUUACCUUCAAAUGCUUGCUGGAACUGGACUUCCGAAAGAAGGUAGUUCUACAACAAGAUAGGAGCAUACCAUUUGGUCCAAUCUACAUAAGUCUACCAUGACAAUGAUUUCAGAGAGACUGAUAAGGAAUGGGCAGAGAAAACACUGUCAUCUUAUAUUAAAUAGCGACUAUGCUUGUCACUACCCAUUAAACUUGUAUUGAUACAGGUUCUCUUUUUAUCUGCAAUUUAUUAAAGUGCCAAAUAAAACACGGUUAGUCUGCAUCUUUUAUAAACUUUGUGUUUUGAAUGUUGUUGUAUAUAUGUGUAUCUUUAACAAAAUCGCAGUUUACAUAUUUACCAUGAAGGAAAUUCUCAAAUCCUAUUCCAGCUGGUGAACGGAUUGCAAAAACUUGAACUGUCAUAUGAGACUGAACAUCAAUAUUAGAUAAAAACAAUAGCAAAGCAGUAACUGUAUGUGUAUAUGAGGGUGAACAAUAAAAAGUUCUU